UCUGCCGCGUGGGGCUGCCACGCGGCCCCUCGGCGGCACGCGCUGCCAUCGCGCCCGCGCGUGCCGUCACCAAGAGCCCCUAGCAACCGCGCCGCGCCGAAAAGCACCCUCCCGGGCACACUCUUCCGGCCCUCUCCUCCCCGCGGCGGCCGAGCCCGACACUUUCGUUCCGGCGCCUGUGAGGGCCGCGGAAGAGCCGGGCGGCCCUCUGCGGCGAGCGCCGGCCCGCGGAGGGGCUGGAACCGAGGGAGCGGCUAACCAUGUCUUUAAAUUCAUCUACGCUUUUAAAUGAAGAAAACUCUCAAGGACCAAAAAGAAAUCCUGAAUGUUUGGAAAGUCUAGAGUUGCAGACUCCAUCAUCGUUUCAAGAUAACCCACUUCAACAAUUACAGUUAGCAUCGCAGGAAGUGCUUGAAAAAGCAAAAAAGAGCGGGAGAUCAAAAUGCCCCCGAUGCAGUAGUUCAAGGAUGUUUUAUUGUUAUACAUGCUUUGUUCCUGUUGAAACUGUCCCUACCAAAGAAAUUCCGACUGUGAAGUUACCUUUGAAGAUUGACAUUAUUAAACACCCAAAUGAAACAGAUGGCAAAAGCACUGCUGUGCAUGCUAAGCUCUUGGCACCUGAUGAUGUUACAAUUUAUAAAUACCCUUGCAUUCCAGAAUAUGAAGAAAAAAGACAUGAAAUAGCGCUUAUAUUUCCUGGCCCUGAUUCAGUUUCAGUAAAAGAUAUUGCUUUCCAUCUCCAAAAGUACACUAAGAAAAGCAUUUGUGAUAACGACAAUGACUGUUCCGGAGAGCCAUGCCUUAAGCAAGCAAAAAUAGAACCUAAAGAAGAAAAAAAUCUAAACGAAUGCAUCUCGAGCAACAGGAGUGAAGGCACUAGACUGAAGAAAAUAAUAUUUAUUGACAGUACCUGGAAUCAAACUAACAAAAUAAUAACUGAUGAACGACUUCAAGGGUUGCUGCAAAUUGAGUUGAAGACAAGGAAAACUUGCUUCUGGCGUCAUCAGAAGGGAAAGCCAGAUACAUACCUUUCCACAAUAGAAGCAAUUUAUUAUUUCCUUGUGGACUAUCAUCAGGAGAUUUUGAAAGAGAAUUACAAAGGACAAUAUGAUAAUCUGCUUUUUUUCUUUUCAUUUAUGUACACAUUGAUUAAAAAUGCCAAGUGUUGUGCAGGAAAAGAGUAAGAUGUCUGUCUAUAGGUACAUAACAGUACAUUUUAUUGUUUCUUUUGUAAUGAUAACCUGCACAAACAUAACUAUUUUAAUCUAACUGAAAUCUGGAAAUAGAUUGUACUCUUAAUAAUGGCUACAGUGUUUGUCCAAAAGUAAGCUGCAGACCUCAUGUCCUGCACACUUGAGGUUGUAGAACUCAGAUGAGCAGUCUGAUUAGAAUUGCUUACUGAAAACAGUUAUGCUUUGCUAAACAUUGCUGUGUUUGAACCUAGAGAACUGAUAUGCUCAUCACAGUGAGAGUAUUUCCUGAGGUGGGGAUAGGACUUGACCCCUCUUGCCAUAAGGAAUGAUCUCUCUAACCGUAAAAAGGAAUUAGCAUGCUAGCUUUCUAUUAUUUUUAAUACUUUGUUUCAGGUGUUUUCUUUGUGUUUUACUGAGUGAUACUGAUUUCACUUUCAUGACAUCAAAAGCUUACUGAAAUUAUUGGGAUGGUAUUUAAUUUGUGGGGUGGGGAGGUGCGCCAAUACAAAAUGAAAGACCACAUUAGUUAAGUGAAUAGAAUUAAAUUAUGUACUUUCAAGAUUAAUUCUGGAAAAUUGUCCUAGUAAUAGAAAAGAGCAAUCUCUUUAAACAUCAUUAUACGUUGCAUGAUGUCUAUAGUACCAUUCACAUACUGUUCUAUUAAGAUUAUUCUCAACUUCUUGGAUAAUUUUAGACUUCAAACAAGUCAAUUUAGUUAAGAUUUUAUUAUUAUUAUGUAAUAUCAUUAUUAUUUUGGGGAACACUAACUUAACAAAUGUCACUAUGGUGUAUCAUAGACAGUAAAAUUUUGUAGAAGCCACAUACUUGUAUUCUAAGCAGCAGAAAGGGCUCAUUGUACUGUAGGAGUUGUCUGAAAAUGUAGAUCUUUUUGCAGGACCUAAGACAAAGUAAUUUGCAGAGAA